AUGUCAACCCAUCGCCAUCUGUCUCCCAACCGUGGACGGCACUCUAUGAUCGAUCCCAUGCGGGCUUCGACCGGCACGGUUCAAAUGGGUUCCUCCUACGACCCGUAUGACGCGCCGCGGCGCCAAAAUUAUGAAGACUACCCGUCCGAUACUGGGUACGCCAGCGCCUACGGGUAUCGGCCGGCACGGGCAGCGACACUCGAGGCCCACCCCGUUUCGUCCCAACGAAUCCAUGAUUCAACGGCAUCCGCCAAGAAGCGGACCGAGUACAGCAUCCAGCCCACCAGGCACAGAAGCAACACAGCUGCAGCGGAUUUCUACCCCCAGAUCCGCCUAGCAGCACCUCAGACGUCCCGUCAUCAUAUUUCACCUGUGCAACACCCAGCACACCGAUCUAGUCCGAACCCUCCAUCAGCAUCGGAGCCGCAUGUGGUUCCUGCUUCACCUCGACACCCCGCACACCCCCCACACUUGCGCAUGUAUAGCACCGAUUACACCAGUGAUAAUGGACGCCGUGAUCCGAGAGACGACGGGAGACAUCGACCGGGCCACGGCUCACCAAGAAAUUACCUACCAUCUCAACCAGGACGCCAUCCGGCCUACGAUGGACUGAGAAAGGGUGAUGACAUUGAUGAGUUCGAUGCCUACUCCUACACAACUCCCCGAGAGCAAUUUGAUCGUGACUACCCUGUGAAGCCUCGGCCCCGCAAGCACAGAUACUCGCUGGAUCGGCCAAUGAGUAUCUCCGGAAUGGAAGACAGUCCCCAGUGGGUAACACGAAAGGAGCGUCCUCACGGUCCGCCCCCAACCUCCUGGGGAUUUGAUAAGAUCCCCCGAGAGCGACAACGAAGCUCGACCCGCAGGCGGGACGAUUAUCGUGAUAGCCACAGACCCAAAGAAGGGGGACAUGAGCAGGCCCUAGUCGCCGUGCCCCAUGAUUCCGAUGAGGAGUAUCUGCCUCGACAUGAGCGCUCCCACCGCCGUCACCGAAGACACCACGAGAGCGACCGAGACCAACAAUAUGGUGACCAUCACACCAAGCCGCAAGACAGCGGCUCACUGACCACCAUGGGACUUGGGACAGCAGCCUUGGGUGGUGGGUAUUCUGACGUUGAGGACUUCGAUCACCACCGUCCAUCAAGACGUGUACACAGACGGUCUCAUGACGAUCGUGAAGGCCGCAGCCACGAACCUGGACAGCCCACGUCCCGGGAGCUGGUCACAUCAACACCAGGCACUGAAAGAAGCAGCCAAGGCUUUUUGGACCCGGAAGACGCCCAUCGUCACGGUCGGCGGCGACGUUCCCGACGACGGACACAUCACAAUGAUGCCGACACCUCUGAUGAUGACCUGCAAAGGUACAGAGAGGAGGCCGCCGCCCCAGCACACCCCCGUCAGGUGACGAACAGCAGCACUGAUACCUUUGAGAGUGAGCGCGAUCGCAGCCGUGAUCGUUCACGGCACCGUAGACAUCGUGAUCACUCGCGUGGACAUCGCUCGUCUCGCUCCCGUCACCGCUUUUUAGAAGAUGGCACUUCUAGCGAGCCACGUCGCUCGCCACCUAGUGACCUGGCAAGGGACGACCCUAAGAAACUCGUUGCAGUCGAACCGCCUGCUGGUCCAAAGGAGCCCGAGGCGCCUCCUAAAGGAAUUCUGAAAGCCCCUCGUGAGGCUUUCCCCGAAGAGCCCAACCCGGUGAGAGAGGGAGUGGCUCCCCUCAAGGAUGCCACCAAAGAGGGCAUCCCACCAGGCGCUCGCUGGACCAAGAUCGACCGUCGACUGGUCAACCCAGAGGCACUGGAGGCCGGCAAUGAGCGAUUCGAGGAGCGAUCAGACUAUGUGAUCGUGCUGAGGGUGCUGAGCAAAGAGGAAAUCCAGCUCUAUGCUGUGAAGACCCAAGAAAUCAGAGACACCAGACACAAAGAGCAGCUGCGCGAGAGACGGAAGUCUCGCGACGAGACUCAGCGUCACGGUCGUCGCGGCGAGGAAUCCUCGAGCGAUGACGAAGACGAGGGCGAUGACGAGCACGUGAAGCAGCUCGAAGGGCCCAGGGACUCUGAUGAGUGGCGGCCAGUUCUGCCAGUGCGCCCAAGGGAGUCCAACACCUCGAUUCCGGAGGGCGAACGCCCUAGAACGAUGGCUCCCUCUGCUACCCCGGCUUAG